CCAGGCCCGACGGCGCUGAGCGGCUCGGCACCGGGGAGGCGCCCAGCGCCGCAACGGCCCGCCGCCGCCGCCCCUCGGCCGCUGCUGGGCAAGAUGCCCCGCCGGAAGCAGCGCCACCCGCAGCCCGUCAAAGUGGACGCGGCUGGCGCUCCGGCCGAGCCUCCGGGAGAGGAGAAUCCGGCGCUUCCACAGCAGCAGCAGCAGCCGCCUCCGCCGGGCAGCUGCUUCCUCUUGAAGCCUGACCUGGAGCUCGAGCUGGAGGAGGAAGAGGAGGAGGAGGAAGAAGACGACGAGGAGGAGGACGACGACGAGGAGAACAACACCCCAAUCCUGGCCUUCGAGAAGGAAUCGGAAGACUCCUUCGGGGGAACGCCUGGCAGGCUGCCAGCCUACGCGCUGAGCGAGGAGGAGGAGGAGGAGGAGGACUUCCCGCCUCUGGGCCGGGCACCAGAGGAGGAGGAGGAGGAGGGCGGCGGCAGCGGCAGCGGCAGCAGCAGCAGCGGCAGCGGUGAGAGCGAGGGGGGGCCGGGCCAGGCUUGCCAGCACUGUGGCCUGCCUGCUCCAGGCCCUGCUCCCUGCUGCCCCCCUGGGGCAGGGGAUGAGGAAGGCCCCCCCUCUGGGCCACGUGUGGUCUUCUCCUGCCAGCUGUGCCCCUUCGCCUCGCACUACUCCAGUCACCUCAAGCGGCACAUGAAGACCCACAACGGGGACAAGCCCUACCGCUGCCCUCACUGCCCUUACGCCUCGGCCCAGCUGGUCAACCUGACGCGCCAUCUGCGCACCCACACUGGCGAGAAGCCCUACCGCUGCCCUAGCUGCCCCUUCGCCUGCAGCAGCCUGGGCAACCUCAAGAGGCACCAGCGAGUCCACGGCCAGGCGCGUCCGCUGCGCUGCGGCUCCUGCAGCUGCCGCUGUGGCCAUGACAACCCCCUCCAGCCCCACAGUGCUGCGGGCACCCAGGGGGAGUCGGAGGCAGAGAUGGAGGGCCCCCCUGUUGCGGAGGAGGAGGAGGCAGGUACGUGGCAGGGGCUGCUGCUGCCGCCACCUCCGCCCCUGCUGCCCAGCUCCCCUUUCCUGCGGCCUGAAGACUCCGGCCCUGUUCUGCCUGAGCUGCUCUUCCCGUUCACCUGCCGGGCCUGUGGGCUGGUUCUGGAGGCAGACGAGGGCCUGGGCGAGCCGGUCUGUGGGCGUUGCAGCUUGGCCGUGCUGGGGGCCGAGCCGGCCUCUCCGAAGGGAUUCUCGUGCCAGCUGUGCCCCUUUGUGACCACCUACCCGAACCACCUGGCCCGCCACAUGAAGACGCACAGCGGGGAGAAGCCCUUUGCCUGCGCCCUGUGCCCGUAUGCCUCAGCCCACUUGGACAACCUCAAACGCCACCAGCGGGUGCACACGGGCGAGAAGCCCUACAAGUGCCCCCUGUGCCCGUACGCCUGUGGCAACCUGGCCAACCUCAAGCGCCACGGCCGCAUCCACUCCGGGGACAAGCCUUUCCGCUGCCGCCUCUGCUCCUACUCCUGCAACCAGAGCAUGAACCUCAAGCGCCACAUGCUGAGGCACACGGGCGAGAAGCCCUUCCAGUGCCGCAUCUGCCCCUACACCACCGGCCACUGGGACAACUACAAGCGCCACCAGAAGGUGCACGGCCAGGGCCUGGCGGAGGAAGGGGGGCCCGGCCCGGACGGCAGCCGGCCCUGACGGGGCGGGCAGGAGGACUCCCAGCGCCGCCUGGCGCUCUUGCCGCAGCUGCCUGCUCGCAGCCCUGUGUACAGCAGGCUGCUGGGACUGCCAGGGGCAGGUGGGAGAAGCAGCUGCGAGUCCCGGCAGGGGCAGCUGGGGCUGACGGAGGGCGACCCCGCCCCUUUGGAAAGGACCUUCUGGACUGAAAAGCAUCUUGCGGACGCAUCCUGCCCGGAUGCUGACGAACAUAGGAAGGAGGAGAGAAGGUGCCUUCUGCUCCUGAGCGUGAGGGAGGUUUUGUCUGCAGCUCAGCGGGGCCGUGGAAACCGGCAGAGGGCCAUCCGAGGUGCUCUUCUUUUAGAAACUGGCAGAGGGGCGUCUGUGGUGCUCUUCUUUCGGAAACCGGCAGGGGGGCAUCCGAGGUGCUCUUCUUUUCUGUCCUCUUUCUCUCUCCCCCACCCCAAUCCUCCUGUUCUUUAACUGUGGUUGCUGCUUGAGUCUGUGUAAUUUAUAUGGUGUAUUAAUGCAUUAAACUGUUUUCUUAUCUUG